CGUCUCUAAGAAAAAAAUACAACAAAACACAAUAAAGGAAAUCACUACUAUUACUGCUAUUAAUGAUUAUUGAUUACCGUAAAGCCAUAACUACACGCGCACACGGACACGCAGACAUUAGAGCUGAAGCUGUGUGCACGCGGGACUCCUUCAUGAGUGAUGUCAGCAUGCAGAGCUUUGGUGGUGAAGAACAUUUGGAUGGGGUUCACUGUUUAUGGCCUCUAUGUCCACACCCAUGCUGCUGGGAGACAGAGCGACGCAUCGCUACGGGCGCGUAUCGCCGUGGAGUCGGUGUGCCAACUAAACACCACGCCAGCGUUGAUGAAAGUUCGCCACGUCUGACCGUAGUGGACGUCUCUGAGUGGGCAGGAAAGAGAAUGAGACCUGUGAGGCCAGACAGAAGAAAUCUGAGCGGAAUGAACUCAGAGGUGGAACCUCUACAGAAAGACACCGACACGAAAACCAAAAAUCCGUGUUUCCCAGCGAUCACUUCAGCACCGUCUGAAUCCCACACCAGAAACAAAGCUGUAAAUGAUCGCACAGCUCACAUCCCCCCUCUGAUUGGCUCAUCGUGUAGAUCCCCAUCUUUAAUGUUGUGGGUCCCGAAUCCCCAUCACAACCCUCAGUGUUCUAAAAGCAUCAGCUCAGAAGUUCCACGCUGCACCAUAAAGGAGUUAUUCUGCCUCCCGGCUGCUCACACACACACCACGUCUGCAUCGAACCGUGAAGGAACGACGAAGAAGAGGGUGCGCUUUCAGCUCUUCCAUUCACCCGUGAGAUUUCACUCCAGCCAGCAGGCCGAGUCAGUGUCUGCAGCUCAGCUGGAGGCAGGUGCAGGAGACGGCACCAAACUCCUGAGUGACCCGAGUGCGUUCCUGUUGAAGAACAGACCCGUCAUUUUUCACAGCGUUCAAGAGAGAGCCAUCAGGACAGCGAGCCAGGAGGCACCGGCUUCACUUUACAAACUGGAUAGCAAGACAGCAGAGGAGGACGCGGACUGGGAUAGACUGAGAAUACAGCCAAACCUCUGGAAGAGACACGUCUCUCUUGAGGGCUUCAGACCACCAGGGGGCGCUAGAGGAAUUCCAGAGACUGGCAGCUCCUAUCCUGGUUCCAAAGCGAGCUCAGAUCGAACGAUUUGCAGCCCACAAUGUGCAGGUCCCACUAUACGGGCGUGUGUAAAGAGGAUGGUGCGUUACAGCCGGUGCACUCAUCCACUACUCUCUCACAAAAAGCACUGUAGAGGAACCAGGUCAGAACUGGACAUGACCAUCUGCAGCUCUACUACUAUUAAAGAACACAAUCAGAUAUUAAACACAGAUGAGAGGUAUGAGGGAGACGGGGGAAGUCCCACCAAACUCAGAUUUUGACUCCCAGGACUUCACCCAUGAGCUUUACGAGCACUCUAAUCUCACUCCUGACCCUAGUCCAGAUCAGAGGUUCAUCACUGAAGCGAUGGAACCCUGUUCCACACCAAGCCUCAGCUAACUGUAACACACACUCAUUUUUAAUGACUUGUUCUAUAAAAUAAACGUUGUUUUGCCCUGAGACCUCAUUGAGCAGGAGCCUCAUUUAGAGCAAGUCCCUGUGGCAGACCAAAGACCCCUGGUUGGAUUCUGUCUCACCAGGGAACCCCCAGGAGAACGUGGAGUCUGUCGAAGAAGUCAUUUCGGACCUUUUGGGUUUCCUACCACCACCAAUAACCAAAUAAAAUGAUUUGGAUUGAGUUA